AUGGAUAACGAUGAUCGGGUAAGUGCAUGUAUGUAUUGUGUUGCAAUAUAAUUACCAUGAAAGAGCAGAUGCUACCUUGUAGGGCAAAUGCGUACCUUGUAGUACAGUCUUAGUAAACUCUUUAGUAUGACACUCAAGAGAUUGGUCGAAACCCGUCCUUCUAACCAGGCUAUCACACUACCCGUUUUGACUUGACAUUGGUCCAAAUAAUUCUGCGCCCUUUCUCAAAUUAAAUUUUCUGAGUUGGAGGCACAGAAUUUUUUGAACAACCCAAUAUUAGUUAACAUCUUAUGUCCGUCUUAUGCCCUUUUUAAUUUGACCGCUAGCCUUAUUUUAAAGCAAGUCUGGUCUGGCGGUAAAAUUAUCAAAAUCUUAUAUUAAUGUAGCUAUUUAUUGUCAUUAUUGUAUUGUUUUAGGCAUUUCAAAUUUUCCUUUAUUUUUUCAAAAUUUUUAUAAUUUUUACUUUCAAAAUUCGAUUUAUAACAAAUUUUUAAACUUUUAACCCUUUAAAAUGCCAAAAAUAAAAGGAAAGUCCAAAUUCCAGCCAAAAAUAUUUUUAAAACUCAGCUUGACUUUGAUAAGGCCAAUUUUAUUGUUGUGGCCUCAUCGGCGGCUUCAGAAGAGCCAGUCUCGAUGAAGGGGUUUAAGUGGUGUUCAAGAAGUUCCGUCCUCCCACAUUGUUCAUCAUUCUUAUUCAUUUACCGUAGCUGGCUUUCAGAAAUACAUGGUCUGCCCGCAGAACGAUAUUCCGCCGAUUUUGGAGCACAAAAUCUACGUAUGUUAUCGCGAGCGGUGGUAUGUGCUGUUAACUGUGUGUUUGUUGGCAUUGUCGAAUGCGACUGUAAGUUGAUGAUACGUUUUGACUUUGAAACUUAAAGCUUUCGUUGUGGAACCUAAGCUAUUUCUUUGAGACCAUGGUUUAGCCCUGACACAGCUCCAUUUCUGUCUAGUAGACCGCCUUUCAGGCCUAAAUUGAACAUACUUUAGAUAUGGAUAUCAUAUGCGCCAUUACAUGAAGCCACGACCAAGUUCUACUGCGUCAAAGACGAAACAGAAUGCGAUGUCAUUUACUGGACGUCCCAGAUAUUCCAAAUUGUUGGUGUUGUAACCGGAAUAUUUGGCAUGUACGUGACUGACAAAUAUGGGAUUCGCACUUCCGUACGUUCUUUUGCUAUAGCAUAUGACAUACAACAAGAGGUUUCAAUUGAAAUUGUAUUUGUCCCCGUUUCACUAUUUCUGCCGUAUUUUACAUAUCUUUCUAAUAUUCAAUUUUUUCGCAAAACAAAAAUUAUUGAAAUUAAAAAACAAAAAAAACUGAUUUCAGACGUUAUGUGGGUCGACCUUCAACUUCCUUGGUGCUAUUGUUAGGGUAGUGUCCAGUUUGCCAAUUAUUCCUUUGGCUAUUCGACUACCUCUUUUAUAUACAGGUGAGUUCAAAGUAAAAAUAUUACAUACAUGUGGUUUCAAAUUAACAAGAUAUACAUCUAAUUCCCUUCAUUUUUAUGUUUUUUUGCAAAAAUAACAAGUUUGAUAUUUCAGGCCAAACCAUAGCUGCGAUGGCCCAGCCUUUCUUUCUCUGUCUAUCGCCUAAAGUCGCCGAAUACUGGUUUUCCGAUCAUCAGAGGGCUUUGGCUAAUGCUCUCAGCUUUGUUGGUAAGUUAGUGUUACACACAGGCUUGGACAGAAGGCAGGGGGAGGCAAGGCACAAAAAAUCCUCAAUGCCCUGUGUCCAAGUCUAGUUACUCCCCAAUACGUUUGUAUCUUUUGUAAAAUUAUAUUUAUCAUGUCCUUAUGCUUAUCAAUAGUAAUAUUGAUAACAUAUACUUCAACGUUGUAAUUGAUAAAGUUACCUUUACAACGUAUUAAAACCGUAAGAGUUCAUAUAUCUUGACAUAAACAUCAUAUAAAUUUCAGCAAAUCCCUUAGGCGUUGUUGUUGGGUCAAUGAUACCCAUGCUCUUCGUAUCAAAUACAAAUGCUACUGAAAAUUCCGAUGAUAUCUUGCUAUUAGUAAGUGAACCCAUCUAUCACCUCUUUUCUAUGUCCUAUCUGUCAUUUAUUUCUACCUUUUCUUUUUCUCUCCUUCAUAUGUAACUUUGCCAUGCUUCUAAAGGGUUCCUAAAAUCCCCAAACCAAUAGUUUACCAUCUACUACAAAGUGAAUUUUUGCAGAAUUUCAUGUUGUUAGUACUGGCAUCAAUUGUAAUUGUAAUGAGCUUCACAAUCACCUCAUCUAAACCACCGACUCCGCCGUCCGCGUCCAGUGAAUGUGCUCAUUCUCCACCGUUCUUGGAAGGUUUAGUACAUCUUUUCAAGUACGUUUUGGGAGUCUUGCACUUUCAUACACAAAGUUUAAGCCAACAGCUAAUAGAUGUCAUACUCUAGUGCUUUAUGUACUAUUUAAUACUCCAUUUAGGUGAAAUGAAAUUUACUCAUGAUAAGUAAUAAAGAAGUAUACUAGACGUUGCCCUUUCAGAACUCCCGUAUUUUACAUUCAAAUGAUAACAUUCGGAAUGGCAUUCGCGUUACAAUGGUCAGUGUUCAUUACUGCUGAUAAGAUGCUGGGUAUACUUCAGUACAAAGACAAGGUAACUAACACGACAUAAACCACAAAUUAGGAUUUUGAAUAUAGUACAAUUGCAUCUUAUACCAUUAAUUCCUUAACGUAUGUAAAAGUUCUUCUUGUACCAUUAGUGUCUUAACGCCAACUCAAUUUUAAUCAUAGAUUUUCAAAAUGUUGCAAAAUAACGAUGAAACAUAGCAAAACUUAUAAAUUACCUUAAGACAUAUAGUACAUCAUUAGGUCUUAUUGACCAAAUAGACUGAAUAUUUUCAAAAAAUUUAAAAUAAUUUUGCAGGUAACGAGCUACUUGAUGGCAUUAUCAGCAAUUAGUGGCUGCGUUGGUUCCGUGUUGGCCGGUUACUUUGUUGACAGAACGAAAAAGUUCAAGGAAGUAAUCAAGACCUGUUACAUCGGAAUGGCAAUUACUGCUGUUUCGAUUAAUGUGGUAAGUUAUUGAGUAGUCUCAGUGAAAAAAAAGCAAUACGUAUUUUACAAAAAACAUAUAAAAAUGCUAAGAUAUACCAAAAUCUAUAGUACUAUAUCCACAGCUAGCACUCUAUAGUACUAUACCCAAAGCUAGUACUAAACUCCAACAAAGAUUAUUGUACCAAAGAAUAUUAGUUAAAAAAUUAGUGGCAAUUCUAUUUAGUUCCUACGACAUCCGAAAACGAACACGAUGGAUGAUGUAACUUUAAUAUUGUUGUUGAUUAUUCUCGGUUUCUUUGCCAUUCCAGUGUUCCCAAUCAGCUUGGAAUUAGGCGUGGAAACCACCUUCCCCGUAGCUGAAGCUACGUCUUCUGGAAUCUUAAUCAUUGCUGGGUAUGUUUAUCAUAAAAAGUAGUGACUGUAUAGUAGUCUUUUUUGAUUUUUGGUAUUCAGCAAAAUGUUUCUUUUAAAGAUUAUUGUAAAAUGCGGUUCUUCAUAAGAAAGCUUCGUCAACUUCUUGUUAUUAUUACAUACUAAAACAAUAUCAUUUUGUACUAGGUUGUUUAAAAAAUUAUGUGCCCCAUCUCAAAGCAAAUUUCCGGGUUAUAAGCACAUCAUUAUUUGAACAACCUAAUAUAUAAACUAAUUCCAAUUGUGACUAUACUUUAGACAACUAUUGAUGUUCAUCGUGACAUUUGGAAUGCAAAGUUUGGAGUCUUCAAAGUGGUUGUAUCAAUCAGAAACGGACAUUCAUUCACCACGACGACUGGUCGAUAUUUUCGUUAAAAAUUAUCAGUGUAAGUACUGCUAAUAGAGUAUUAUUAGUUCGUUCAAGUAAGGCUGUGCCAACCAUACAGCAAAUUUUCUGGGUUAAGGAGCACAUAAUUAUUUGAACAGCCUAAUAAAUUUUUUAAUACAUCUGUCAACGAGGAGUUUUCCUUUUACAUUAUACGAGGAAGGAGUAUCAUUUAAUGAAUACAAUUGUUUUCAGUAUCAGUUGACUUCUGGACAGUAUCAGCAAUAAUGGCAGCUGUUUUCACUUGUACUUCAUUAUGGCCGCGGUAAGUAUUAAAGAACCUUCAUAAACUAACCUUCAACUACUUGUAGCACCAUUAAUAAGGUUCUCAACUUAAAUUUGUAUCUAAACUUCAAUUUUCAGUUAUCGUCGACUAGAAUUUGAAAACCGAAACAACGUUUAUGUUGACGUAUCCAACGGUAAUCCAGUUGUACCACCAUAA